AUUGCAAUGCCGAUCGCUGAGAUUCCGCUUGCACGGCCCGCUGUACCGCCAGUUAUGAACAGGCUAAUCUCAACUCAAGUGGCACCUCACCUUUCACUCUUUCCCAAGCAUUCGCAUCUGAACAGUUGACAACACCAUGACGAGGGCUCAGUGGCUCGCGGAUCUUGAGGAGAAUGGCUACGUGGUUAUACCUAACGUGAUCCCGCAGUCUUCGUGCGAUACAUUUCAGGAGCUCGCGCUGCAGCUCGAGUCCUUCCACGGCUUCAAGCGGGACGACAUAACUACAUGGACGGACGAGCAUCUACCUUUUGGCGUGAAAGGCGGUCUGUACAAUCGAUAUUCAGUCAACCAUGAAGCCUUCGUUUGGAAGAUCAGAACCGAACCUGGCAUCAUCAAGAUCUUCGAACAGAUUUGGCGUACGGACGAUCUGAUUGCAUCCUUUGACGGCAUCAAUGUUACUUUGCCUAUCAACGCAGCCACUGGACGAAAGGAUAUGGAACCCACCACGCCGUGGCCACGUAAGGCCUUUUCAGAUCAGGAGCAACAGUGCAAAGGGCUCACGAUGCUGCAGAUAUUGACCAAAACCCACGAAACGUCUCCGAGUUCCAGCUCUAUCAAGGCAUUGCAAACCUGAGUCCGUCCGGUCCGCAUGACGGGGGCUUGGUUGUUCUUGCUGGCUCUCAUAAGCUCCAUUCGGAUUUCUUCUCAGCCACUGGUGGCUUCAAGGAGUCUCAGAACCUCGGUCACGGCAAGAACGGCUAUGACUUUACAGCCGCCGAAGCCGA